CCUAAUAAAUCACUAGGUGGUUUUUGGUGGUUUCGUCAUAUAUUUGUCUUUUGAGUCAGCCUUGAAUAAUGUUAUGCCUUAAGUAUGAUAAUCUUAUUCAACCAUAUCUUAAAGAAAGGUUUCUGUCUCGAGUGUGAGGUUUACUUACCCGUAAUUAAAAGUGUUCACAGCAUGGAAUACUACAGUUAUGUUCCGCUGUCUCCCCCAAAGCUCAUCACUGUUGGAAGCUUAGAGAUUCUUUUCAUGUCAGAUACAUGUUUGGUUCUCCUUCCUCUUAGACUCAGUGUUUCAGAGUAAACAUGGUCCUCAGCUUGCUGGUUUGUGAAAACUGGAUAGGAAAGAAACACAUCACUCAAGGUGGUAGCUUGUUUUCAGCAAAGCAUGGCGGGUAGCAUCCUGUUUGACUGAGUUGUUGCCAAACAUUGUGAGGGUCUAACAAGCAAAAUAUCUUGGGGUUCCUGGAAGCUUUUUCUAAUUUUUGUUUUUAUUUUAUGUGAAUUGAGUGUUUUGCUUGCAUGCAUGUCUGUGUGCCAGUGUCUCUGGUACCCACAGAGGCUAGAAGGCAUUGGAGCCUCUGGAAUGGGAGUUGGCAGAUGGUUGUAAGCCAAAAUGUGGGUGCUGGGAAUUGAACUCAGGUUCCCAGGAAGAGCAGCCAUUGUUCUAAACUGGUAAGCCAUCUUUCUAGCUGCUCCCAGGAUUCUUUUUGGAGGAUGGGCAAAAUAUGAAGUCAGAGGUGUCUAUUAUAAAGAGUCAAUUUUAUUAAUAAAUUGAGAAAUGAUCCUCAUGCAUUUUAAUAACUUGCUCUUAAGAAAAUACAUAUUGAGGAAAAGUUUGUGACCUAUGCUCAUGUCAAUUUCUACAAAUAAGUUUAAAAUCAUAUGGUUCAGAUUAUUUACUCAUUUAUUCAUGCAUUUACUUAUUGAUGGUACCAAGGAUCAAAUCCCAGGUCUCAUGCUUCCACAGCAAGCACGCUACCAACUGAGCCCUACCCCAAGCCCAAGAUUAUAAAAUUAUAGGUAUCAAAUAAAUUUUCCUGUUGAUGAGUUACUAGGUAAAAUUUGCUUUUCUCACAAAAGGGGCUUUCUGAGCUGUUUCUUGUUUAACACCAUGACUUUUAAAAUACAUCUGUUAUUCUCCAAGGGUUAUGACAUUAAAUAUCUGCCUCAAAACAAAUAGGCUACUCACGACUACUAACUCAAAACCUCUGACUUCCUCCAUGGGAAAUAAGUGAAGCCCUGUCCCCCGCAUUCACUAUACUGGUUGCUACCAAAAUCCCAUCUCAGUAAAAUGUCUAUAAGUAUUCAGAAUACAGUAAUGGGAAACCAUAAACAAUGCAAGUAACCCAACUCAGACCUUGCGUCUGAGACAGGAAAGCUGCUUAAAGCCUUAGAUUGGACGCUUGAAAAUUUUCUCAAAGACUUCACAAGUACACUAUCUGUCUUUCCGUAUGCGGCGGCCACUCUGCAAAGACACUCUGCAAAGUUGGGUUUGUUUCCUUGUCACUAUGAUGCACUGUUGGGCAAAUGCUCUUAAACAUAUCCUGAUAAAAAUGAAGUCUUGACAUCAACAAAGGUAAGAAUUUAAAUUUCAAUUCAACAGACUCGAUGUGGAUAGGACAUAAAUAAAGGACUCGGUACAUAAAAUCAAACAUUUCUGGAGAAGUGAAACAAAACUAAUUAUAGUGAUCUCAGGUUAUGAGAGUCUUAUUGCCAGAGUUAAAAUUUAGUAAAUAUAAUCGCUGCUACACAAUAAUCCAGUAAAUAUACAGCAAAAACCUUGGAAACGAAAAUAACUGAACUAAGACACUAAAAACAGAAUGGGUGCAGUAACUGAUUAGAACUCCGAGUGUCGCUGUUCACCAGACUGGGAAAGAAUCGGUCCUGGAAGCGACCAGCUCCCAGCUUCCUCCGCACCAGAGACUAGACAAGCUCCUAGCUGGGGAAAGCCACCCAACCUAAGUCCUCUAGGAAAUAGGCUCUCCCCAUCGUCAGAGAAAUAAGAAAACAGCAGGCUGAACCUGGACUGAGAGGAAAACGAAAAGACAAUGGCGGAUCCACCCAGGCGCUGGAGCUGCAGCGACCUGCUGAAGCUCUUCACGCUGCUGGGGAUGCUGUGCGCGCCAGGAAAAGGGCAGAUCCGCUACUCGGUGAGGGAGGAGCUGGACAAAGGCUCCUUCGUGGGCAACAUCUCCAAGGACCUGGGGCUGGAGCCCCGCGAGCUGGCGGGGCGCGGGGUCCGCAUCGUCUCCAGAGGUAGGUCGCAGCUUUUCUCGCUGAGCCCGCGAGGUGGCAGCCUGGUCACUGCGGGCAGGAUAGACCGGGAAGAGCUGUGCGCCCAGAGCGCGCCCUGUCUUGUCAGCUUUAACAUCUUGGUUGAGAGGAAAAUGAAAAUAUAUGGGGUAGAAGUGGAAAUCCUUGAUAUUAAUGAUAACUUCCCCCGGUUCCGCGAUGAGGAGUUAAAAGUAAAAGUUAAUGAGAACGCGGCUGCAGGGACACGAUUGGUGCUCCCCUUCGCGAGAGAUGGGGACGUGGGUGCGAAUUCCCUCCAGGGUUACCAGCUCAGCUCCAACCCGCACUUCUCCCUGGACGUGAAGAGCGGGCCUGACGGGCAAAAACAUCCAGAGCUGGUGCUAGAACAGCCCCUGGACCGCGAGAAGGCGUCCGCUCACGACCUGGUCCUCACGGCCCUGGACGGCGGACACCCGGCGCGUUCCAGCACCGUCCACAUCAGCGUGGCCGUCCUCGACGCAAACGACAACGCACCCCUGUUCACGCAAGGCGAGUACCGCGUGAGUGUUCCCGAGAACACGCCUGUGGGCUCGCGACUCCUCACUCUCACCGCCACCGACGCCGACGAGGGGGUCAACGCCAAACUGACCUUCUCCUUCCGCAACGAAGAAGACCAGAUCUCUGAGACUUUCCAACUCGAUUCCAAUCUGGGGGAAAUCUCAACCAUUCAGUCCCUGGACUAUGAAGCAUCCACGUCCUACCUCAUGGAAGUGGUAGCCCAGGACGGAGGCGCUCUUCUUGCCAGCGCUACCGUGCUGGUCACGGUCCAGGAUGUGAACGACAAUGCCCCGGAAGUGAUACUCACCUCCCUCACCAGUUCCGUUUCUGAAGACUGUCCACCUGGAACCAUAAUUGCGCUCUUUAGCGUGCACGAUGCCGACUCUGGAGAGAACGGAGAAAUUUCGUGUUCUAUUCCCAAGAAUUUGCCCUUCAAACUGGAAAAGUCAGUGGACAAUUACUAUCACCUGUUAACAACCAGAGGCCUGGAUAGAGAGGAGACUUCAGAUUAUAACAUCACAGUAACCGUUGUUGACCGCGGAACUCCUCCCCUGUCCACAGAGAACCACAUCUCUCUGAAAGUAGCCGACAUCAAUGACAACCCACCCACCUUCUCCCGUUCCUCCUAUUCCACCUCCAUCUCAGAGAAUAACCCCAGAGGUGUGUCCAUUUUUUCAGUGAGUGCCUACGACGCCGACAGUGGAGAUAACGCUCAGAUCUCUUACUCCCUGGCUGAAUAUACCUUUCUGGAAGCCCCGGUGUCGUCCUACGUCUCCAUUAACUCUGACACUGGUGUCCUGUACGCAUUGCAGUCCUUCGACUAUGAGCACCUGAGAGACCUGCAGCUAUGGGUGACAGCUAAGGACAGCGGGAACCCUCCACUCAGCAGCAAUGUGUCACUGAGCUUGUUUGUGCUGGACCAGAAUGACAACAUUCCUGAGAUCCUGUACCCAGCUCUCCCUACCGAUGGGUCCACCGGUGUGGAACUGGCACCACGCUCUGCAGAGCCUGGAUACCUGGUCACCAAAGUGGUGGCAGUGGACAAAGAUUCCGGACAAAAUGCCUGGCUGUCCUACCGCCUGCUCAAGGCCAGUGAGCCGGGGCUCUUCUCAAUAGGGCUUCACACGGGUGAGGUGCACAGCGCGGGCUCUACUGGACAGAGAUUCGCUCAAGCAGAGCCUGGUGGUGGCUGUCCAGGACCAUGGCCAGCCCCCUCUCUCGGCCACUAUCACCCUCACUAUCGCUGUAGGGGAUAGCAUCCCCGAUGUGCUGACUGACUUAGGUAGCAACAACACCCCUGCCGAGCCCCAGGAGUCAGACCUCACACUCUACCUGGUCAUAUCCGUGGCAGUGGUGUCCUGUGUCUUUCUGGG